CAGAAGAAAUAUUGUUGAAUAUAUUUUAAAUAAUGCAGAAGUGACUGAUAAAGAUGAAAAUAAAAGCACAGCUCUUCACAUUGCUGUAAUGAAGGGCAACGUCGAAGCCGCCGAACUGCUGUUGAAGUCUGAGAAAAUUGACGUGGAUUGCGAAGAUGAAGAUGGAAACACGCCGCUUAUGCUUGCAUCAAAAUACGGGAAUGAAGAAUUGAUGGAUCUUUUGAUCGUCGAAAAUAAGUGCAAAAUAGAUCAUAAUAAUAAAAAUGGAAUGACCGCCCUUCACUAUGCUGCUUUGUAUGGGAAGACAAAUGCUGUUGUAAAGCUUCUUCGGCAUGGACCAAAGCAAUUGGCAAACAAAGUUACAAGAAACAAGAAAACAGCAUUUCAUUUAGCAUGUGAAAACAACAACUUAGAAUGUGCAAAAGAGCUUCAGGCUGGAAAGUGUGCACAAGAAACACGGGAUGCACCGGAUGCAAACGGGUUCACCCCCUUCAUGCACGCAGUCGCUAAAGGUUUCGAGAAAUUAGUUUAUUACCUGAUGGAUUGUGGUGACAUAGAUCCGUGCGUUCGGCUGGGAGACGGGAGGAAUAUUCUACAUAUUGUUGCCGAAAAAAACAGAUCAACUGUUCUUAAGAUUUUAUUAGACAAAACAUCCAACAAUACGUUACAAAGGGAAAGAACUGCCCAAAUGUCUUCUAUAAACAAAAUUCAGAAGUUAUUGAACGCACAGGAUAACGAAAGCAACAAAUCGACGCCCCUGCAUACAGCAAGUCAAUUUGGACACGUGAAAGUUUUUGAAAUACUUCUUAAGUAUGGUGCAAAUCCUUUUCUCCCAGACGCGUACAUGAAAACUCCGCUACAUAUUGCGAGUGAAAAAGGUUUUACAAGCAUCAUAGAAAACAUGGCGCUACAAAACCAUGAGUUUCUAAACAAAACAGACGUGAAUGGUGACACUGUGUAUCAUUUAGCGGCAAAAGAAGGACAUGCUAGACUGCUCGAUGUCCUACUUCGUGAGGAUAAAGAAAACAAUUUCAGCAAAGUAAAGAAUAAGACAGGGUGUACCUCACUUUGGCUUGCGGCCGCCUCUGGGCAUCUGAAAUGCGUGGAGCAUUUGAGUACUCAAACCGAUUUAAUCGACAUGGCGAACGAAAAUAAGCUUACACCUUUGAUGGUAGCUAGCAAAAACGGACAUGCUGACGUUGUGGAAUACAUGAUAUUGAAACAAAGCAACGUUUCUCUAUUGGAUGAAAAGGGUCACAAUUGCUUAGAAAUCGCUAUACUCAAUCGCCAUGAGUCUGUUGCAAUGACAAUUAUUGAAUCAAACCAGUGGGAGAAAGCUCUUAGGAACUACACAAAAGACGACGACGGAAUGGAAUGUACGCCGUUUAGAAAACUAGUUCGGCAUAUGCCUGAUACUGCAAAGGCAUCUUUGGAUAGAUGUAUUUAUGCAUCCGCUGAAGAAAAUGGCACCAAAAGACAAAAAAAAGAUAAUGCAUGCAAAAAUGAGAGGAAAAUUAAACGUAUAGAAUACCUGGCUCGAUUCAACUUCGAAUUUAUUGACGAUCUAUAUUUCAUAAAAGAAUGGAGCGAUCAAAGUAGUUUUAGAACUCGCGACAUGGAGGCAACAAAAACGCAAUACAGCUAUAAGAGGACGGAUACACCAGAGGCUUAUGAAAAUGAUGCAGAUUUAUUCAAAGUUCAACACCCAAUGAUAAUUAUGUCUGAAGCAGGACUGUUGAAUUUACUCGUCCAUCCAGUUGUGAAGGGCCUUCGUCAGCAUAAAUGGAGCAGAUUCGCAAAGAGUUAUUACUACGUCUUCUUCGUUAUCUAUGCGCUCUAUUUGUCGUUUUUGACUACAUAUGUUGUUAUGACGCCACCCCCAUUUGCAAUAAACCAAUCGAGCUGUGAGGAAUAUUUUGAUACUGGGUAUAGAAGGCCACUUGCAUUACACGUGGUCAAAACCUUUCUGUACGUUCUAACAAGUAUCAACGUCUUCAAAGAGCUGAUACAACUAUUCAUGCGACGUUUGAACUAUUUCAAUUUCGUUAACAUCAUGGAAAUAAUUAUUUUCGUUACCAGUUUCUUAUUUGUGAUCGAUUUUGACGGAUGCCAAUAUUACACCAAUUACAGAUACACUUUUCAAUGGAAUCUUGGUGCAGUUUCCAUUCUACUGUCUUGGUUUGGAAUUGUCAUGUAUCUGCAAAAAUGGCCAGAUAUCGGAAUUUAUGUUGUUAUGUUUAACAACAUUUUGAGGACCUUAGUGAAGUUCUUCAUCGUUUUCGUGCUUUUCAUUGUUGGAUUUGGGCUUGGUUUCUUUUGUUUACUUCAAAACCAAACUCCAUUUUCAACCGCUCCCUACGCUAUCCUUCGAACCACCGUCAUGAUGAUCGGCGAACUGGAUUUUAACGCUGUCUUCCAUGACGACGUGGUCCAUUACUGGAUCACAUAUGUAUUUUUCUGUAUAUUCCUGAUUGUGAUGACCAUUGUAAUAAUGAACCUGAUGAUUGGUCUUGCAAUUGAUGACAUCAAAGCUGUACAAGACCAUGCUACACUCAAAGGCAUACAAAUGAAGGUGAAGCUUGUUCUUGACGUUGAGAGGCUUUUGCUGAGUGUUUCCAAAUAUCGUUUAGGGGGUUAUUGGAUUUGGCCACCAGGAUGGUACAUCGAUGUUUACGUGAAACGGUUCAAAAGUGCAGAAUAUAUGAAAAUCGCCCUUUCAAAAGAUGCAGAUAAGUAUGAGAAUCAAGUCGAAGUCAACCAGCACAAGAUGAUGCAUAAACAGAAAACGCUUAAGAAAGCAAUGAAGACAAUGAAAAUAGAAAUGGACAAACAGGGUGUUCUGCUCGAGGAAAUCAAGCGAAAAUUAUUCGAAGAAACCAAAACUUAGUGAAAAUGUUUGCCAAUUGCACUGCAACACAUUUUACAUGACUAAUUCAAGAAAAAGUUUAAUUCAAGGGGCACUGAAGUUAUCUGAAAAAAUAUCACUUUGGCAAGCAACAAUUGUGUUUCAAGUCUAAUGUAUGAAGUUCGAUUACAUAGAUUUAAUGUAUUCUCAAUAAAGUAGUUUUUCACACCGACUUAUCAAAUUCCUACUAAACUGUGUGUUCGUUUAAGAAAUGUUAUCUUAAGGAAUUUAGUAGAAAUUGCAAUUAAUACCUGUUGCUGUGUUGAAAUUGUUAAAUAUUGGAAUAAAACAAUACUUUGUGAA